CGAAGGCGGACAUUUCAAGUUGCUAUAGACGCCGAGCGGCGGCCGGUGAUGGUCGGGGACGGGCGGCUGGGGCCGGUAUGGGACUCGUCGGCGGAUUAAAGAAGGCUGCACUGUACCUAUGGCAGACUCGUCGAGUGACUCAGACACACAGCUUCAUAAUUUCUCCAGGAGGCGAGGAUCACUGAAUGCAACAGCGAGGGGAAGGAGCAGAAUGCACAAUGCUGCUCGCGUCACUGAAAAGAUUGACACAUUAGCAAGCACUUUACAGGAUACCAGUCGGGACCUAAAGAGCGUUGACCGGAUGCUGGGACAGUAUAGAGGCUAUACCAAUGAACAAAUGGAGGCAGUGGCACAGCUGCGAGAUAAUUUAGAACAGUCCAUCGAUGAGCUGCGAAGCCAGCGAUUGAGUAGAAGUGCUGGAAUAUCUCCUCUCCGUGCAAGUGACCUGCAAGGUGACUCAGUAGCAGGUCGUCGAUACCGCCCUACCUCGCCCCUCAGGGACCCUGGAAGUUACGCAAAAACAAGUCUCAGAAGGUCUCGAUCUGCCUCUGUGAGAUUUGUAGAUGACACUGAGCCAUUAAAUCAUGUGCACAGUUUGCAUCAGUCACUGAGAGACCUCAGCAGUGAUCAGCUACGGCUUGGGGAAGAAGUUGACCAGGAAAUAGCUCGGAGGAAUAGGACUGAUAAGGAAACAAGGAACGCUAUUGACUCAUUGUCAGAGAGAGUGCGAGAAGUAUCCAGAACAGAGACUGUUUCAGAAAGGGUUGAAAGGCGCCUUCAAGAAAUUGAAAAGGAAAUGAGAACUGAACGGCAAUUAGCAGAACAUCGGCAGGAUCAGUUAGGACAGAUGGCUGUACAACUGCAGGAGGAGUUGAAGAAACGGGAUAAGAUUGAUGAAGUGGAAGGGGUGAAGAGUAAACUUUCAAAAUCUCAAGAGGAAAAGUUCCUGAUUGAGCAAGAGCUCAGCCGCACACGACGAAGGUUGGACCAAUCAGAAGGAAGUCGGGAAACGCUUGUCAGUCAGAUAGAUGAUUUGCGCGCUCAACUGUUGAAGACUGAACAGGAACGAGCAACUUUGCAGCACAGGAUUUUGCAAUCACAGCAGAAAAGUUAUCGUGAAAAAGACGAGGAUGACAGACUGAUCCAAGCAGUGGCUGCGCGAUCAGAACUUGAGAAGCAGGUGCUGGAAAAGCAGAUUUUGGAGCUCAGGGCACAGCUGAACGAAGAUGCCACCCGUUCUGAAGUGGGAGAGCUGAGACGCUCCCUUGAGAGAAAAGAGAAAGAGAAAAAGGAGCUUUCUGCACAUGUUGAGGUUCUCAGCUCAGACCUGGAGAAAAGGGAGAAACAGCAGUUGAGGAUGUUGAACCAACUUCAGGAAAUCCAGAAAUGUUACGACGACUGCAUGCAAGAUCGUAAAUCUACAGGUUUGGAAAUCGCGGAUUUAACCCGUCAACUGAAAGAGUCUGGUGCGGAAGCUGAAAGAUUCAGGGCUCAGUGGAAAGAGGUAGAACUCCUUCGACUGGAGAGUGAAAAGAAGAAAGAUGAAUUGAAGGUAAAGGCUCAGGAGUCCAUCAGACAGUGGAAAGUGAAAUGCAAGAAAUUGGAGCGUGACGUGGAAAGGCAGAAGGAGGCUGUCGAUCAGUGGAUGGAACAGCAUAGCCGUGUGAGUAAAGAGAAAGAAACACUCCAGGGGCAACACGAAGCAUCCUUGCAACAGAUGGAGAGCCUUCGUAGGGAGCUCAACGAAGUCAUCCUAAAACGGGUGCAGCAGGAAGAGGAUGUGCGAAGGAAGGAUGUGGAGCUCAAUGAGUUGAAGUCGAAGCUGCUUCAGCUGGAUGGUGAGCUGCGAGACGCCAAGGAGUCUUUGCGCAAACUGGAUGCUGACUUGCAUGAGCAGUGCAUGCUGCACGUGAAGGCCAAAGGGGAGAAGCAGCAGCUCGAGGAUGAGUUGAUGGCCUUGAGCGAACAGCAUGAGAGGGACCAGGAGAAGCUCUUGGAAAUGCAGCGAGUGAUCACUGAGCUGAAUACCAUUCGAUCUGAGCUCAGUACUAAACUGGCUCAAGAAGAGAGUUUCAAGAAGGAGAUUAGGAAGAGCCUCUCGGAAGCCCAGGCAAGGCACACCUUGGCCCAAGAAGAAGUUGCUGCCCUCAGCAACCAAUUGAAGUUGGAGAAGGAUGCUCACAGAAAGGAACUUGUGGACACCAAGUCAGAGAUGCAGAGUCUAAGAACUAAGCAUGAAAAGAACAUGCAGGAAGUACUUAAACAAUUUCAAGAAGAACGGGAUAAACUAGAAAAUAACCUCAGUGUGUUAAAGGCCGAACAAGCGGAGGAGAAGAAUUUUGCAAAAGCACAGCGGCGCCAGGUGGAGAAGAUGAAAACGGAAUGUAAUAAACUCGCAGAAGAGCUAAUUCAGGGUGAGGCAGAAAACGCCAAACUCAGGAGGAAAUACCUUGUGCUGAAGCAAGAACUGGAAGCAAAGGGUAAGCUGGCAGUUAACGGUGAAGAGUGUGCAAGACAACUAGAGCAAAUGACAUUUCAGCUAAAAGAUCAGAUCACAAAAGUCCAGACAGAGCAAGAGAUGAUCCUUUGUGCAAUAGGAAAAGAAAUUGAGACUGCGUGCGAUUUCCUCUCCAGGGAUGCUGGUGACAAGUUCAAAGUAAUGAAUGCAAUAACGCUUACACCUGGAUUAGAAAAUGAUCCUCAUCGCUGGCUGGCUGAAAUGAAAACCAAGCUACAGUGGCUGUGUGAGGAAGUGAAAGAGCGAGAUGGACGGGAGCUCAAGCUACGAUCACAUCUCCGGCAGUGUCGAGGACAGCUGAAGGAACUCAUGCAGAGCAAGGAAUCAGAGACCGAGCUUUUCAUAGAGCAAAUCACAAAACAAGAGCAUCUCCUCGAGGAAAUUCACCGGGAAAAAAGAGAGUUACUGCAAAAGAUGUGUCGGAAGGAUGAAGAGAUGAGAGCAUUGCAGGUACGAUAUAAUGAUCGGAUCGCAGAUUUGGAAACAAGCACACAAAUGGCAUUGGACCAUCUUGAAUCAGUACCAGAGAGGCUGAGUAUGUUGGAUGACAUCCGGGAUCUGGAGGGUUCUCAGCAUCACCGGGAUAUGAUAGAAGAACGGUACACCAAGUAUAAGGAGAUAGUGAAUUCCCUGCAACAGCAGCUGCAAGACUCAACAAGGAGAAUCCAGGCUCACCAGGUGGAAGAGUCGGACACAGGCUUGGGGAUUGAGCGCCUGGAUGAUACAUCUGCCACAUUAAGUGACCAGAACAGUUUCCCUUCCACCUGUUUGACUGCAGGCAUGUGCUCACCAAGUGGCAGCAGCAACAGGCGAAGAACCCAGCCUCCUGGAAACACAGAAGCAAACGCAGGAUGGGAGUUCGGCAGGGCCACUAAUGGAAGAAAGUCUCCCGCAGAAAAAGACAAGUAUUAGGCCAUAAAAACCAAGUGACAACUGUAUGUUUUUCCAGCAGCUUUAAUGGAUGGUGACUUACCUAGCAUCAAGCAGGGUGGCUGUGAGCAUUAAUGAAAUGUGCUCCCAUCCAUUGCAUGCAAGGUAGCAGCAGGCGCUCAAACCCUCUUCAAAAGCACAAUCUUUUCAAUUUAUUUUCUUUUGUAUUUACCAACAUGAGAAAUGUGUGCCAGAAUUACAAGAGGAGGAAAAUAUUCCUCGGUGCCAGUGUGAGAAAGCUGUAAAAUUUUAAAUUUGCACAGUUAUUCAGCUCAGCAUCCUUCAACCUAAAUGGAGAACGUGUUUGCUAAAUAAUAGCCAAAGGCUUUAGGCUUCACCCCUUUAAAAAUAAUUCUUCAAUGCGAUUUAACAGCAGGCAAUGUGUGAUAAACACUCCACCCCAGCUUCUGAUCUACCUCUUUCAUUGAAGAUAAUGUAAGUGCCUGAAGGAAGGUUAUGUUGCUGGAUGGAGAUCCUCCUGUUGACCUCAGAGGACAAUUCCUAGCGUGCUGGACUGGGGAGAGUGCAUGAGGAAAAGGCAGGUCCCUAUUAUAAUUCCAGCAAGAAGUUUUUGGCUCUUGUUAUAGACUAGGUACCUAGUGGAAGAAGGAACAGUGCUUCCAUCAAUUCCUGCUGAAAUUACGGAUGGGGUGUGGUUGAAGGAGGGGAGGAUGAAAGGCCUCUAGGUCUAAACUUUGGUGAUACUUGUCAUAUGUCUAGAAAUGUCCCAGUGAGACCAGUGUGCUGGGUUCCAGCAGCGAACCCACCUCACAAUGCAAGGUGGAGAUAUCUCAUGGUCUUCCAAUAUCAGAGCCCUUUGCAAAGGGACCUGUGCACUCUUCUUCAUUUGGGUGGGUUAGGGUGCUGAUCCCCUUCCCUCGCUGGAGUUUUCUGCGUUAGGCGCCAGGUGUGUCUGUGUGAAAAUUGAAAAGGGCCGAUGCUGGAAAUCAAACAUAAAAACAGAAAAUGCUGGAAAUACUCAGCAGGUCAGGCAGCAUCUGUGGGACGAGAAACAGAGCAAAUGUUUCAGACCAAAGACCCUUCGUCAGAACUGGGAAGGAGACAAAAUAGAUUAUUAAGCUGCAGGGAGGGUGGGGGAGGUCUCUGACAGGGUAAAAUCAGGGUGACUGUGGGGAUAUCCCUUUCACCAUAUCAGAGACAUCUCCCCUCCCUCACCCUCUCUGCACCUGUAUAAACUUGUCUCCUUCAAAAUUCUGACAAAAGGGUCUUCAACCUGAACCAGCUCUGUUUCUCUUCCCACAGAUGCAGCCUGACCUGCUGAGUAUUUCCAGCAUUUUCUGCUUUUAUUUGAGGUUUGUCAUGUGUAAUGGAGUGGGCUGCCCUUAACCCUGUCCAGGUGUGCAUCUUCCAUGACCGUGUAUUCUGGCAUGAUGCCAUCUCAACCUCUGUCCGACUUCCAGAUUUGCAAAGGUGAAAGGGUUUCUAAAAUCCUAAGGAUUUUAUGGAGACAGAUGCAAAGCCACUCCUCUCACCUGUUUGUGGGGAGACUGGAAACAUAGAUUUUCAAAUGAUCCAAUCUUGCUUCUAUGCCAGAAAUUACCACAAUUCUAGGAUAACAGCAGUUAGUUUACCUCUGUCUGUUCUUAAAAGGAUAGCAGGCAAACAGCUGGAAAAGGAAAGGAUAAUUACAAUUUUUGAAACAAAGACUGAAUACCUUGAUGUGGGCAGAAACUAACUCUGCCUGUUGAUUUGCAUUGUGUCAUUAAUUUAAUCAGGAGGAUGUCUGAAUCUCAAUCGCAGGAGUGCUGCAGUGGGUAAUGGUGUACAAGAAGAUCAAUAUAGCGGUUUGGUUUAGUGUUGUCACAUGUUCCAAGAUACAGCGAAAAGACUGUUUGCAUGCCAUCCAGACAGCUCAUUCCAUUACUAAGUGUGUUACAUGUAAGGAUUAAGAAUUUCUUCUUUAUUCCCAGCCAACACUGAAGAUAAGCUUUAGACACUAGAAUUUGUCUUGCCAUGCAUGCUCACUAACAUAGCUCUCACAAAUGAACCUCAGCGCUUACUUUAAUAUAAAGGUUGUAUCAGCAGGUUGGGUGCAUGCUGCAAGCAGUCAUUGGUUUUUAACAGUGAAUGGAAGAAGACUAAACUGCUGCAAACCGAGGGGUGAAAUUCACAGAAGCUACAGCCAUUUUUAGAAGAUGACAUUGCAAUCUGUGGAAAGCCAAAGUCAUGUUUACACAUAUCUCAGUGGAUGGAAUUCCUGAAUCUAUUGAAGUUGAUUGAGCAAGCAAGCAAGAAGAAUCUCCCAGGUGCUGUGCAGUCCAUCAAAAGCCUUGCACAAGUCCAUAAACAUGAAAACCUGGUGAGGGCCACAAAGCCAGGGAAGCAGCUCCACUAAUGUUCAAACAAACUGAAGGAGCACAUUACAUUUGAGCAAUGCAGUUGUUGACAUCCAUAGAUAAAAAAUGUAGGAUCUCUGAAGCUGGCUUGCAGAGACCAAAGCCAUACCUUGACUUUCUAUGUGUGAUCGGUGAAGUGCCUUAUACAAUGUUGAGUCUAAAUGAAUGCCAGUGGAUGGACAAGGCCUCUUUUUAUAUACAAUCAACGUCUUCCACUAUUUCCUCCACGGUCAAAGUUUGAGAGCUUUCCAUGCCUUUGAAAUUGUUGUUAACUUUGUUGUUUCCAAGUCAGUGAUUUAAUCCAUAUAAGCAAGCAUCUCUCCAUAAUGGGUUUGCAAGGAAACCAGAAAUCCUAAACCUUGGCACCUUUUCCUUCCCAAGUCCUCCUAUCCACCCUUUCCUGUGGCUCAAGCCAGCACUGGAAAUCAUUUCAGGGCUGGUGGCACAGAUUGAUCCAAACUCUGCAGUAGGACAGCAGGUUCCCCACAGAGAGAUACCACAGAAUUUAUUAGCAAGCUGUUCGUCCUGGGCUCAAAGCUGGAAAAACCUUGGCCUCAAACAUGGUCUUGUCCGGUACUAUGGAUGGGUUGGUGGGGGGGAAUGGUAUUACAUCGCUUUCUGCAGUGGAUAAGUUUAGGUGGAUGGAAGAAAAGAAACUAGAACAUUUCAGUGCAACCUGUAUUGCAAAGGUGAGAUUUUAGAACUGAUGGUAACUGUUUCCAGUGCAGACUUCCAGUACAACAAAGUGCUUCUGAUUUGGUCCUAUUCUGUGAAACUCCUCUGGACUCGUCCACAUUAGUUGUUCUGUAGCAGUAGCCCAAACCAUUAUCCUACUCACAGACCCUGUGCACCAGUCAUUAUCCCCUCACUCUCAGCAUUCACAAUCCCAAUGGACCAAAGAACUGCCCCUUCAUUCCCAAUAUUCAGAAUCCCUCCUUGCCAGAAGAUCACUGUUCACAACUAUUAACACAGCUUCAUUAUGGAACCAUAAACACUUUCACUGGGUGUACUUAAGACCAUUAGUCGUAGGAGGUCAUUCCUUGCCUUCAUUUCACCAACAACACUCGGUCUCAGUGAGUAACUUCAAUCAGGAAGUGGAGCCAAUGUUUACUCCAUGUUACUGGUUGAGGUUUGUCCUGUAAGUGAUGCAAAUAACUUCCAGUUGCAGGCUCUUGGUUCCUCCUGCGCUGUAAACUAUAGAAGUUUUGCUGUCUUUCUUCAGUUUCUCUCCGAAGUGUCAAAUUCUUUGUGCAAGCAUAUUUUUACAGAUUACUAGCUCUCUCUCCAACCUCCAAGCAACAUCUCCUGCUAUUCUCUUAUCUGGUGCCACGUUACAUAGCAAGGGCAUAAAAUGCUUACCUUUCCCAUACAUGCCACCUUCAGAGGAGAUGUUAAGCUGAGGUCCCAUCUGUUGAAGCAGCUGUUAAAGACCUCUACGAUACUCUUCGAAGAAGAACUAGGUAUUGUUCCCAUCCCCUGAUCAUCCUUCAUCCUUAAUGCUUCCUGGGAAAACAGGACAAGAAGUUAUGUGACCGGUGCAGACAAGCUGGUGCAUGUGCCGCUGCAGCCACAGCACUUAACAUAACUUACGCCAAAUGCUUUAAAACAUUUCAACUUGAUUAGGCACUAUAUAAAUGCAAAUGUAUUUAAUUGCCACAUAAUUUGCAUCUUGCAUAACAACAUAAAUGAGCUAAGCCUCAGUCAACAUUUAAAGGCUCCAGGUGCACAGAAAUAUAAAUGUGUUUUAUCUUUCAUUGGUAGUGACUGGAUACCCUGAUCCUAGUGCGUAAAUCUUCAUAAAUUAAUUUGAAUUGAGCGUAAUAUUGCACUCGGGUUUCUUACAAUACAUAGGCUUACUAUUGGAAUAAGAUCACUGUACAGACUGAUUUAGUGAUUGUUGUAAAACCGAUAAA